AUGUAUGUCCUUCCUGUUGCAACUGUUAAAUCACUCAUAGAAUGCAAAUGCAAUAAAAAUACAAAGGAUAAAUAUGGAUAUACUCCACUCAUUCUUGCAUCAUCUAAAAAUCAUCAUGAAGUUGUUAAAUAUCUUAUCUAA